CAAGCAGGCUAGUUUCUGUGUACUUCUCUUUACUAGUUGUUCGCAUACAAUUGAAGCUUUGUACAAAAAAAAGUUGCCAAAGUUUUUAUAAAUAUAUAAUUAUAUAAAGUGAGAUUUGUAUGUGUACAAUCAAUGCACAUGGAUAUUACAUUGUCUAACGCAUGUUAUGAAGUGUGGACAUAUUGCUGUCUGAAUAAAAGCGUGUGUACAAAGCAAAGUGAUUCUUGGAGAUAUAUUAAUGAUAAAGACAAACAUGAUUACGAUGUUGUUAUUAUUAUCUGCGUUGAAAUUAACUGAAUGUGGACCAACUGUCUACACAGAUGGGACAACAGCAGUGGUUUGGAAUUUUGUUGGUGUUAGCAAUUCGUCUUGCUCAGUGUAUGAUAUACGAAAAGACUUCAAGUCAACAUUUUGGAAAGAAAACUUUGACAACUUCUACAUGCUGGACACUUUGUCGUUGUCAGAGAUGGCCAACAGUUGCCAGUUAAACAGCAUAGAAUCAAAUACACACAAACACUUAUUACGAAGACGAAGCAUCUUCAAUAUUCUUGAAGGAAUAUAUCCAGGUACCAAGUGGUGCGGGGAUGGUUCUUUAGCAGUUAACUAUACUGACCUGGGCUUCUACAAUGAUACCGACAUCUGCUGUAGGGAACACGACCACUGUGACGAGUUUAUCCUGCCCGGGAAGUCAAAGUAUGGAAUACUCAACGAUCAGCAGUACACGAUCUGUAGCUGUGACUGUGAUAAACGGCUUCGCAGCUGCCUUCAGAACGUCGGGACAUUCACGUCAAGAGCUGUUGGUGUAUUGUUCUUUAAUGUGGUAGGAACUCGGUGCAUGGCCAUACAGGAAAACACAUUAGCAGGUUUCUCAUUGGGCAGAACUGCAUACCUUGUAUCACCUAAACCGUUUAAUGAAGGGAGACCGGCGCACAGCUUCAGCGAGGUUUUGGCGGGAAACGUUUCUGUAACAGGCUGGCUGGGGUCACUCUUGGGAUGAAAAUAAACAUAUUCAUGUCAGCAAAGAAUUGCUGUGUUUAUCAACAUUUGUAUAUCUUAUUUUCAUUAUUCUGAUUGGAUCAUAAUCAAAGUAUCAGAAAUCUUUAACAUUAAAUGUUUUUUUUAGUGA